UUCACCUAAUCUAUUAAAGAGGGGGGAAACUAUACGUAUAUUCACACCUAUAGGCUAUAGGAUACAUUUUAUUCGCUUCACGUGAAAAUGAAACUUUUGCCUUUUUGUACUUGGUGGCCGUGCCUCUUGGUCUUCAGCUUGUGUCUGGGUUGCGAGUGCGGCGCUCUGAGGUGGACGGGCAGGUCAAAGAGAGACUUGGUGCGCGCGAGGGAGGCUGGCGGAGUCUCGCCCGGAGCGUGCGGCACGCGGCUGCCGCGGGGCAAGCGCUCUGUGUCCGGAGCAGAUCGACGCGGGGGCCGCCUGCAUGCGCGCCAGCUGGGAGAAAGCACGAGCACAACGCUGCGCCGCAACAGUGUUUACUUCAGCGGCAGAGGAGAUCAGCUGCGGCUUAAACCCAGCGUGGAGGUUCCGCGCGGCAAUUUCACCCUGGAGAUGUGGAUAAAACCUGAGGGCGGUCAGCGCUCUCCAAGUGUGAUCGCAGGGCUUUAUGACAAAUGCUUCUAUGCAUCCUGUGAUCGAGGCUGGAUAAUAGGCAUCAGACCAGUGAGUGAUCAAGGAAACAGGGACCCGCGUUUCUUCUUUUCACUCAAAACAGACCGAGCACACAAAGUUACCACAAUUACCACCAAAGCUCCCUACUCCCCUAAUCACUGGUACCAUCUGGCUAUUACCUACAAUGGCCUCCAUAUGAAGCUCUACCUGAAUGGCGCUCAAGUGGCUGUAAGUCAAGAGCAGUCUGGUGAGGUCUUUAGCCCGCUAACCAAAAAGUGCAAGGUGCUUAUGAUAGGUGGCAAUGCUCUCAAUCACAACUACAGAGGAACAGUGGAGCACCUGAGCCUAUGGAAAGAAGCCCUGACCCAACACAAGAUCAUUCAGUAUAUGCAGACCCCUCGCCAUGAGUACUAUGAUGAUAUUUCUAAACCGGUCAUUUAUGAGAACUUUGAAAAUGCAUCACGGAAGUGGCUGACAGUAAAAGAUGGGAGCUUCCCCCAAAUGGGGGUUUCUGACCGCUCAUUGACAGUCAAUCUUGGUGACUCUGUUGAAACUGCACUGGUUCCUCCAUCAUGUGGCCAGACAAUCUGUGACAAUGUGGCGGUUGUUACAAACUAUAAUCGCUUAUGGACCUUACGCAAGCCCAAGACAGUCCGUUAUCGAUUGGUGAAUGUAUAUGAUGAUGAUGGUCACUGGCCAACAGUUACAGAACACCAAAUCAAUCUCCAGCACCAGCAUCUAAACAAAGCUUUCCGCAUCUAUAACAUCACCUGGGAGCAUACCGUGCAUAAUGUUUACAACUCAUCCUUACGCAACCGCCUGGUCCUGGCUAACUGUGACAUUAGCAAGGUGGGUGAUGAGGAGUGUGACCCAGAAUGCAACCACACACUCACUGGUUUUGAUGCAGGCUACUGUAGGAGGCAAACCAUCAGCUGUCCUGAGCACAAAAUAGGGAACAAAGUUUGUGAUCCUGAAUGUAACUUGGAUAAUUUCUACUAUGACCAGGGUGACUGCUGUGACCCCAACAUCACGGAUGUAACAAAAACCUGCUUUAAUCCCGCAUCACGCUACAGGGCCUACUUGGAUGUGAAGGAGUUGAAAGAGAUUUUGCACCUGGAUGGCUCCACACACCUUAAUAUCUUCUUUGCCAAUGCCACUGAUGAAGACCUAGCAGGCGAAGCCACAUGGCCUUGGGAUAAGGAUGCCUUAACACAUUUGGGUGGGAUUGUGCUGAAUCCCUUGUUCUAUGGCACAUUUGGCCACACACACACCAUGAUCCAUGAGAUUGGCCAUAGCCUUGGGCUAUACCAUGUCUUCAGGGGGAUUUCAGAAAUAGAGUCGUGCAACGAUGCCUGUCUGGAGACAGAACCAUCAUUAGAGACUGGGGACCUUUGUGCUGAUACAAACCCCACACCGAAGUACAAAUACUGCAGAGACCCGGAGCGUGGAAAUUACACGUGUGGCCAGCGGCUCUUCAAGCACACACCAUUUAGAAACUAUAUGAGUUAUACUGAUGAUGUCUGCACAAAUUCCUUUACAAUGAAUCAGGUGGCUCGGAUGCAUUGCUAUUUAGAUCUGAUCUACCAGUCCUGGAGGACAGAGAAUAAGCCAGCCCCAGUUCCUCUAGCUCCUCGACUUAUGGAGCAAGGGCAAAACUACCUCACCCUGGAGUGGUUCCCUACACUUACUGGUCAUUACUUUGACAGAGAAGUGGGAUCCCUAUGUGACAAAUGCACUGAAGGUCGAGUGUUCCUGCAGUAUGCCUCGAAUUCAUCCUCCCCAAAACCCUGCAUUCCAUCAGGACACUGGAGCCCACGUGAAGCAGAGGGUUCACCGGAUGUCGAGCAGGUGUGUGAACCCAGUGUGCGUACCUGGAGUCCACAUGCUGGCCUGGACUCCAGCAGUGUGGGCUCUGCUUCAUGCCCUCCACAAGGCUGCAUGCUCCACCUGAACUUCACUUACCCACUUGUGCCAGACUCACUCACUGUCUGGGUCACAUUCUUUUCAGCAGAAGAGAGUGACCAGGCAGCCAUCCACAACAUCCUGCUUCUGACACUGAGCGGCAACAAUGUGUCUCUGGGUCCACAAAGCAUCUUUUGUGACAUGCCACUGACAGUGAAGCUGGAUGUGGAUGAGGAAGUCUACGGCGUUCAGUUCUUUACUAUGGAUCGGCACCUCGAGAUUGAUGCCACAAUGAUGACCUCCAAGCCAGGACAUCUACUCUGUCAGGCAUGCCAACCCCUGCAUUAUAGACUGAUGCGGAGCCCGCCUUUCAGCCAUGCACCUAAUGGGGUGGUGCUCAUGGAGCCCAUGAGGAGAUUUGUAGACAGGGACAUAGAGUUUGGUGAGAUGUACACCUACCAUGUGCUGACAGUAUCCAAUACAGCAGAAAGUGAGCCAUCUCCUGCUCUCAUACACCAGCUGGGCUCACCAUAUUGUGGAGAUGGACUCAUCCAAGAUUAUCUUGGGGAGCAGUGUGAUGACAUGAACUUUGCCAAUGGAGAUGGCUGUUCCAACCAGUGCAAAAAGGAACUUUUUUUUAACUGUGUUGAUGAGCCCAGCCUUUGCUACUUCUAUGAUGGGGAUGGUCUUUGUGAGGACUUUGAACGGGAGACAAGUGUGAGAGACUGUGGUCUCUACACACCCAGUGGUUUCCUUGACCAGUGGGCCACAGGAGUGGAGGUUUCAAAUGAGGACAGAGUACAUUGCCCUGCGGAGGUGGCUGCUGGGUAUCCUGCCGUGACAAAGGGCUGCCUGUCGAAGGUGUUUGACCUAUCUGACGUUGGGGUGUCUCAGUAUGCCUGGUUUCCAUGUGAGGAAUCACACCAGCACAGCUGGAACACUCAGUACAGGUUAAAGGCAUACUAUUCCCACCCCAUGGUAGCUGCUGCUGUCAUUAUUCACCUGGCUGCAGAUGGGACCAUCUACAGUGAUCAGACACAGAGCAAUGUCACUAUCCAGCUGGUAGACACCAAGGAGCACCUUCACAAUCUUGGCGAAUGGCGGCUGAGUUGCAGGGACAACCCUCUAGUGAUCCCUGUAAUUCAUGACCUAAGCAUGGCUUUCUACAGGACCAAGGCUAUUGUGGUGAGCUUCCGAUCAGCUCUGGUGGCCAUUUCUGGAGUCGGUCUCCGUUCCUUUCAGUAUUUCGAUCCCAUCACAAUUAGUGGCUGCCAGAGCAAUGAGAUCUACAACCCCAUGGGCCAAAGUUGUGUGCAUUACUCAUGUGAUGCCAUUGACUGCCAGAAGCCUAUGGUGCAUAAUGCAGAGAUGAAAUGCAGCAGUCCAGGCUACUUUAAUGGUGUCCGUUGCGCUGUCACCUGCAACCGGGGAUACACCCUCAAAAUCCACAGAGAUGACGAAAUUAUCAAAACACAGUCGGACUCUAUGGCUAUCCUCACUUGUGCCGAUGGGAAGUGGAACAAACAGGUGUCUUGUGAACCAGUGGACUGUGGACGCCCAGACAAGUACCAUGUGCAUCCAGCUAACUUCAGCUUCACAGAGGGCACCACUUAUGGCAAGAAGUGUACUUUCCAGUGUAUGCACCCAGCGCAGAUGAUAGGCAGCAAUAAUGUGCUGACAUGUAUGGAGGAUGGCAUGUGGUCCUUCCCAGAGGCUAUGUGUGAGCUGCGAUGUCCAAUGCCUCCUUCCAUCCCCAAUGCCAUCCUGCAAACCAAACGUUGCAAUGCCAAUGGUCUCAAAGUUGGCUCUUUCUGCAAGUACAAGUGCAAGCCAGGCUACCAUGUGCCAAGUGCUGACAACCCCAAACGACGGUCCUUCACACGACAAUGUACAGAGAACGGUACUUGGCAGCCUGGCAUGUGUGUUCCAGUGACGUGCGAGCCACCACCACCAGUCUUCCACGGCAGCUACCAGUGUACUAAUGGCUUCCAGUUCAAUAGUGAAUGCUGGCUAAGCUGUCCUGAGUCCAAUCAUAUGACAACCUCCACCACUGUGAUCCGCUGUAGAAAGGACGGCAACUGGACUGGUUCUUUCCAGUUGUGUCCCCAGCUAACAGGCCACUGCUUGUUCCCUCAGAAUUUAAGCCUGGAUAUCAACACAAGUUGCAGCAGGGAGCAUGGCAUUGGAGAGCAAUGUGAACUAACAUGCAGUGAUGCUGGUAGCAGUGUCGUGCUCCUCCCCAGGAAUAUGACUGUGGAUGUCUUAAUGAAAGACCAUUGGAGAAACCCACCCAAAGUUAAGAGUAUUGUAUGCACAAUUUCACAGAAAUGGUAUCCAAGUCCAGAGAUUCUACAUUGCAUAAAAGGUUGUGAGCCUUUCAUGGGUGACAACUACUGUGAUGCCAUCAACAACCGAGCAUUCUGUAACUACGAUGGUGGAGACUGCUGUGCUUCUACUGUCAAAACUAAAACAGUCAUUCCAUUCCCCACAUCUUGUGACAAGCGAGAAGACUGUGCAUGUCGGGACCCCAAUGCACAGGAAAACAAUAAAGGGAUUCGACACCGUACACUGGGCUGAGACCGGGCCACUAGAGGUCCUCCGGGUACACAACGGGAAAAACAAUAAAAUCUUUCUCUCUUCAUGCUGCUUACUAGAGGGCCAUUCCACUCAUACUGUACCCUGACAUGCCUACCUAUGAGCCAUUGCCAACUAUGGUAUGCCGCUCAACAAGCAAACAGCACACCACAAUAUACAAUGCUAAAUAGGGUUCAAAUAUGGGAGCCAGCUAAAUUAAAAAUAAACAACCAGUUACAUCAAUAAGAACUGGACACAAGUCGGAACAGAUUUGUCUUUUGUAUUCCCUAGUCAUGAUUUGUAGACAGGACUGCAGCAAAUAUUUAAAAAGCAACACAGAGAGGACUUUAUGCCGUUUUAUGCUCUCAAUGUUUUUUUUUCUGUUUGUUUUUAAGAGACAACAUUUAUAAGUAAUUUGACCAACAGAAAGUAAGAAAGGGAAAAUGAGGAAACUAGCAGUCUUGGAGAUUCCAAAGCUUUUCAGAGAAAUAAUAUCAGCUAUUUAUAAAAAUUAUCCCACCCAUGUCCUUUUGUUUACACUGAUGCAUUUAAUAAUAAAUGGUAUGCUACAACAUAGGAAAAUUUAAUUCUUCUUAAAGGAUGGAGCAUUUGGCCAAAUAUUUUUCAAGAGCCAAAAGCAGCACUUACAGUAGCUGCAUGAAACAUAGGAAAAUUAAGUGUCUCUGGAUGAUGCAUGAUGCAUUGGAAAAUAAUGAGGGAAGCAAUAAAUUAGCAAAAACAACCUGAAAAUCACCAAGAAAUAUGCACACAUAUAUCUAAAAAGUAUUAACUUAUUUUUUUCACAUUUUAUUGAAUAAAUACCUCUCUCAAAAGAGACAAUAAAAUACAUCCAUAGAGAUGUGUAUAAUUAAGAGCAAGGGAGCAAGACUAAGAAAAAAUGAAUAAAAGGGAUAUAAGGAAAGAAAGCACAGCUGUUACUGUAAGAUUUCCUGUUUUGGGCAUGCAGGCAACUAUCGAGGCAGAGUGUGUAUGAAGCUUGUUCUCCAUCUUUCCUCCUGCCAUAAUAUAAAAUGAUGUUCAGAUGUAUGUAUUUAUUAGACUGCAGGCCUAUAUAUGACUUCUGGACUAUGUCUAUAUAUUUGGCCAUCUAACAACUUAUUAAGGAUUUUUUAAACAAAACCCUUACUUACAAAAAGUCCAGUACUGUCAUAGCAAGCAUAAUUUAUCCAAUUGUAACCAAAUUCAAACUUGCAUCAUCAGCUUAUCAAAGAGACAUGCUGCUAUGUUACCUACAGGCUGAUAUCAAAAAGACAUGCUGAUAUCAGGCUGACUGUGUAAGAACAUUUGCAUUUAGGUAUAUGCAAUAUGUCCUUUUUAACAUCAGUGUCCAGCUUAUUUAAACUUUAUUUGCCUGAGCCAGUUUAAAUGUUAAACAACGAUAAUGACGACAUCGGUAGUCAUUAUCCCAUCCUAACUAGAGUAGCCGUGCUAAUUUGGUAGCUUUCUAAGGUAAGCUUUGGCAGAAACUCAAGUAAAUGCAUCACAGUGUAUCGGUACACCUGAAACGUUAUGCGCACACCAUGAAUCUGAGUAUAAGGCUAACUAGAAGUACCAUAAGUCCAGUGAAGGUAGGCAUUGCUUGAUGCUAACAUCACCUUAAAAAUUUCCACAUUAGUCGAUAUUAGCACACAUAAUAUAAGCAUUUGCGAUAA